AUGGACAUGAACCCUCGGACCUUCAGCACAGGACGGGUAUCCUAUGCUCAGCCCGUGCGGCUGUGGGACGCCGAGACCGGUGAGCUCGGCAGCUUCACCACCACCUUCUCCUUCAGUAUCUACGCCGCGGACAGCGGAAGCAUGCUCGGUGACGGGGUCGCCUUCUUCCUGGGGCACUAUCCAUCGAGCAUCCCAACCAACAGCUGGGGUGGAAACCUGGCUCUGAUGGAUCUCAACAACAACAGGAAUGUGGUGGGCGAUAAGAGGAUCGUGGCGGUCGAGUUCGACACUUUGGGGAACACGGACUUCCCGGACGUCAUGGGCAGCUACCACAUGGGCAUCGACAUCAACUCAAUCGUCUCCGUCGCAUACACCAAUAUAAGCAACGAUCUGAGAGCAGGUGAUGUGAUGACCGCCAGAAUCAGCUACGACAACGUCACGCAGGUGCUGGCUGCCGACCUGCGAAUCGGCGGCACCUCUUACCACGUCAACGAGACAGUUAACUUGAGGCACAACUUACCUGAGGAAGUGGCGGUAGGCUUCUCCGCAUCAACCGGCCUGGCAAUUGAGGUAAACAAGGUACUGUCUUGGACGUUCAAUUCCACUCUGACAGGAACAGAUAAGAGGACUCGACGGCCCACAAAUAAACUGCUUGCAGCAGCAAUACUACCCCCUGCAGUAUUUGUACUGUGUGUAGUGCUCCUCUGUUUCUGGGUAUGGCGGCUGAAGGCGACGAGAUGGAAGAAAUCCAACGGCGGUGACGAAGAUAGCGGGCCUGACGAAGAAGACGAGGAGGAGGCUGAAUUUGUGCGAGGGGUCGGACCCAAGAGAUAUGGUUACCGGCGGCUAUUGGAUGCAACAGGCAACUUUGCGGAGGGAAACAAGCUCGGGCAAGGGGGGUUCGGGAGUGUAUAUAAGGGCGAGCUCGCCGAUCAAGAUGGCCUAGUGGCGGUCAAGAUGCUAUCGCCGGAGUCGUCCGGUCAAGGAAGGAAGGAGUUCGAGGCCGAGGUCAAGAUCAUAAGCCAAUUGAGGCAUCGGAACCUUGUGCGGCUCCUAGGCUGGUGUGAUAGCCACAGAGGACUCCUCCUUGUUUACGAGUGUGUCGCAAAAGGAGGCCUCGACAGACACAUCCAUGGCACUGGCACAUGCUUAACUUGGCGCCAGAGGUACAAUAUUAUCCUUGGGCUGGGAUCUGCAUUACGAUAUCUACACGAGGAGGUUGAGCAAUACGUGGUGCACGGCGACAUCAAAACAAGCAACAUAAUGCUCGACUCUUCUUACAACGCCAAGCUAGGGGACUUCGGGCUGGCGAGGAUCGUCGAUCCUUUAACCGGGCCGCAUACAACUCGCGUUGUUCUCGGCACUCCGGGUUACAUCGAUCCCGAGUUCGUCAGCACGCAACGGCCGAGCGCCGAGUCAGACAUGUACAGCUUUGGUGUCGUCGUCCUGGAGAUCAUCUCCGGACGGCGUCCAAUGACCAAGGUGCGACAAGACGGCGAGGUCAACAUGUUGCUGGAACAGGUCUGGGAUCAGUACGGGGAGAAAACCAUUCUUAAGGCAGUAGAUGAAAGGUUAGUGGUCCGCGAUGAGCUAGGCAAGCUGCAGAUGGAGCGUGCGCUCCUAGUCGGGCUCUGGUGCGCCCACCCCACGAAGAGCGAGCGGCCAUCCAUCGGAAAGGUCAUGCACGUCCUCGCGUGUUUUGAUGUGCCCUUGCCAGCGCUUUGGCCACAGAUGUGUAACGACAAUACCAGCUGGGCAACACACGACAACUCUCAUGAACAUAUGCAGGAGUGA